AGGUACGGGAGACCGCAAGGCUAAUGCUGCAGAAGGGGGGGGCAAAAAAUUUGGACCGCGUAAGCAUGGACUUCUACCAGGAUUUUUUUCGAGGGAGAGCUGGCGCGGUUGUCCAAUAUCCCGGACGAAUGUCCUCGGCCGGGCAGGAUCAGCCAAACGAAAACAAUCCCGCACGGGCCGCAAGCUUGCCGGGCCCAUACAAAGGACGGAAAGCGCGGGCGCUGAUUGAAGGCGGUGCAAAUGCGACGGAGCGCAGGGCCAUCGGCCGCCCGCGCGCCCGGCGCCCCGGGGCCUUCGGCAAUUCCCACCCACCGCCGCCAGGCUUUGCCCCGUUUCAAUUCCGCAAUUAACGCCGACGCGCCCGCAGCGCCUUGCCCGUGUUCCCAAUACGGGAAGACGGAAGGCCCUCAGCCUCGACAAGGUGAGGGCGCGGUCGCGGCGGCGCUUUGAAGCGCCGCGGCAGAGAGGAAGCAAAGGCAAACCAAAUGCCCGGCCAUCGUCGUCGACGCCACCGACGACAUUGGCAGAGACAACUGGGGCUACGCGGCCGCUUCGACCGGCCGGGCGGGCGGGGCAAAGCACGAGACAGAGAGACGCGCGAGUCCCGGCCGGGUCAGGUGGGAGGCGGGCCACUGCGCGGGCAUGAUAGAUUGCGCUUGUGGGAUAAAGUUGGCGCCUGGCCGGCGCACUCACAGCGCCUUGGUGGCGUUGUGAGUGCGCCCCCGCACCAAAGACAUCGCCGCCGCCCGUCGCGCGUGAGAGGGUGUGGCGCUGGGGUGGCUACCGCCUGCCGCCGCUUGCAUGCUUGCCAUUUUUAUCUUCGGCGCGGGCCCGCCCCAUUUUACCGGUGCGCCUUAAGCGGCGCCCGUCUGAUGCCGCCGUUCGUGGGGCGCGGCGCGCGCGUGCUUGGCGCUUGGGGCCGGGCCCGGCGCCUGCUCCUGCCGCCGCGCGCUGGCUAGUCUUUUUGCCUGCUCAAAGCGCUCCCCUGUAGUCGUGUGAUAUAGAGCAGCGCGGCUCUAGUAGGUACA